AGAACUCAGCCACAUUUACCUGGCCAUAAAACCCAGCAUAACAUUCCCGUUGAGCCAGAGAAAUGAUUUUAUAGCAACGUUUUUAUUUUGCUGGAAUGCUCAAUUAAAACGUUUGCAGGCAUUGUGUACACAGUAGCCCUAAUUACGAAGAGGGUUAGUUUAAAAACUUAAAAGGGAGUACAUAAUAUCAAUAAAAGACGUUGUACUUUGUUACAUGAUUACCACUGGUAACUAUACCACACAGUAUCUCAUGACCAAGGCUUAAAAAGAAACAGAAAGAGUACAAACACAGUGGUGACCAAAUCAACGUCCUUCCUCAAUCAAAGAGAAUUGAGUGAACAGUUAGUUUUUUUAAGUUAGAUAAAUUGACUUUUGAAACAGAAGAGAUUCAGCAGAUUCAGCUAAAAGGUGGGUCCAUUUCAGGUGCGCUUCUAGGAAUUGCAUACCCCCCUGUCCCUCUGACCCUUUCCUCCUAUCGCUUUCCUCCAACAACGAUGGGUCCUACCUUUGACUGAGUCACGUGGUCCCGUCGUACAAAUAACUCGCAGUAAAGUUUCCCAGUGGAGAGCGAAUCACAGAACAGUUAUAUUAGAGAUUAUCAGCCGCUUCUUCUAUCUCAAGAUACAGAGAAGGCAAAGAGUCAACAUUACAGCCAUCCCGUGGAUCGAACGAAAUUUUGGAAGAAAAAUAAGAUAUUUAUUUCCUCGCCGAGGCAUUUUGGACGUCUUUACGGCGACACCGUAUUCCUUCCGUGCUCUUACUGGGAGAAAGACGUCGACUAAAACACCAUUCAAUCAACCUCAGUUGGAGCGAGGGUUCCUGGCUUUAUCACCGACCGUCCUUAUCUGGAGCGGGUGUUUAUUCCGUAAACGGAGUUCUUUUGUCAUUUCGUGGAGAUUGAUGAGAUUGCAGUGAAUCGGCCUCCACUCAGGAGUAGGUGCAUACCCUCUUACCUCGUCAAGAAGACUCAAGCAAGAGGCGACACGAUGUACCAAAGUUUGGCUUUAUCCUCCAACCCUUCUCCAUAUGCACACGAUACUGGGAACUACAUCCAUCCGUCAGCGAGCUCCCCCGUUUACGUGCCCACCACUCGGGUACCUGCCAUGCUGCAGACUCUCCCCUACCUCCAGACGUGCGAGUCUACCCAUCAGUCGCAUGGCCUCGGGGGCCACCAUGGCUGGCCACAAGCUGGCACGGACAGCUCUUCGUUUAACCCGGGCAGCCCUCAUCCUCCUCCUGGAUUCUCGUAUUCGCACAGUCCACCGGUGAGCAGCAGCACCGGGAGGGACUCCGCGUACCAGAACCCGCUGGUACUGAGCAAUAGCGGACGGGGGGACCAGUAUGGAAGCGCUUUGGUGCGCUCGGUCGGAGGAUCGUACUCCAGCCCAUACGCUUACAUGAGCCCUGAGAUGGCCACCUCCUGGGCGCCUGGACACUUCGACGGUGGCAUGAUCAGUCUACAAGGACGACAAGGCGCGCUGUCUGGGAGAAGAUCCAGCUAUGACAUGUUGGAGGAGAUACCGGGCGAAGGCCGAGAGUGUGUUAACUGCGGCUCCAUCUCGACCCCGCUGUGGAGACGAGACGGUACCGGUCACUACCUGUGCAACGCCUGUGGUCUUUACCACAAGAUGAACGGCAUCAACAGACCGCUUAUCAAACCACAGAAACGCCUUCAGACCACCUCUCGUCGGGCGGGCCUGUGCUGCACUAACUGCCACACCAGCACCACCACACUGUGGCGGAGGAAUGCUGAAGGGGAGCCCGUGUGUAACGCUUGUGGCCUCUACAUGAAGCUCCACGGGGUGGCCAGACCACUGGCAAUGAAGAAAGAGAGUAUCCAGACCAGGAAAAGAAAACCUAAGAUGCCCAAAUCCAAAACUUCCUCAGGGACCUCAGCCUCUGGCACCAACUCCCCCGCCUCCUUGUCCGUAUCCGAGAACGCCUCCACGAUAAAGAGUGAACCCAACAUGGCCCCAUCUCCAUACGCUGGACAGACCGUUGUAUCAGUCUCCCAGGCCUCUUCUCAGCUGGAGAGCACAAGCUCAGGACACGUGGACAUCAAAUAUGAGGACUAUGCCUUCACCCCUACCUCUAUAGCUGCCCAGAACUCUUGGUGUGCGUUGACCCAGGCAUGACCACCCUUCCUGGGACCCUGGGGCCGUUGCCAGUGGCCGAAUCGAACCUAAACCCAGUCCUGUUAUGUGUGGAUGCAUACAGACUUGUGAUAACUACCUAUCGUUGUAAUUAGAAUUCAUCAAACUCCCACGCCCAGCACUGGCCGAGUUGGUCAAUGAGAGAGGAGAAUGCUGAGAGGAUCACUGGGGACAUGCAAUGCACAGCAUCACUGCAGUUUGGGUGUUUGUUGUUGUCAACAUAUCAGUUUUUGGUGUCAUUUCACCGUUCUUUUUACCAGCGUGGUAUCUUGACACAUUAAUGGCCUACCACGAGUGGGCAAGUUGUUGCCAAAUGUUAAACUCGGAAACGGUGAAACCACAAU